CAUUAGAGCACAUUAGACCUCCGCGACCUCAACCGACACCGACCAAAAGACUACCAGGACCCGCCCGCAACCAUCCGCCACGUGCGGCCAACCCGAAGGACGACCCCGAAGGAAGAGCCAGCAGAAAAUUACCCGCGCAACUACCAAACUUUGUACCUUUAAGAACAAUAAAAAUAACUCUAUCUCUUUUAUUACCGCUCAAAGCCCGCCUUAUUCUUGAACCACGAGACUCUCUUUCAGCUACCACACCCAGAGAUCAAACAAAUUUCUGUGGAACCCGGCGCGACGAGCAUACCCCGGCCGAAGCGCCGUCACAGUGGCGCCCGAGCAGGUUGUGGUAGCAUAAGAAGCAUAAUCUCAAAGGUCAAGAUGGCAAAACAAUGGAUAAACCAAGCAACGAAACUGGAGUUACAAAACUAUUGCGAGGAAUUCGGAUUGGAGAAACUGGAUGGACUAGAAACCCAAAAGAAACAACUACUACAAUUUUCGGAGAGAACAGACCUUCCAAUACAUAUUCGAGAGAGGCUAGAACAACUAGCAAAUACCCAAACACGAGGGAGAAGCCCGAGAACCAAGGGCCCAAGGCAACAAUCACCAAAAGGAGUACCACAAAAACCAACAAUGGAAGAGAGCCAAGGGGAGACCAGGACAGGCAGGAAGAAAUCGCUAUUUCCAAAACAGAUAAAGAAAGGAUCACCAGAAGCAGUAGCGAUAAUAGAAAAAAUACGCAAGUGGGAACUGAUCUUUACAGGAAAAGGAGGGCUGCUAGAAUUCCUAAGCAGGAUGGAGGAAUUAGCAGAAACCUACGGGGUAGAACCGGACCACCUCGUAUUCGCAAUGCCGAUAAUUCUGGAAGAAAGCGCACUAGACUGGUGGCACACAAAGCCAGCGCCAGUCACAUCAUGGGAGGAUGCAAAGGUCGGACUAAAAGAGAACUUCGUAUCCCCCAGAUACCAAGAGGAGCUUGCAAAACAAGUGGCAGAGCGAAAACAAGCGGAAACAGAACCAGUUCGAGACUUUAUCCAAGAAAUAAGGAAGUUAAUGAGGUUCGGAACCUACACAGAGCAGGAAAAACUGGAAAUAAUAUACCAGAACUGCCGGCUGCCGCUGAAACUAUACGUGAAGAGGAGAGAAUUCCAAACGCUGUCGGAAUUCAUGAUCAUCACAGAGGAAUUCGAAAAAAUUGAGACAGAUGCAGGACUCUUCAAGGUUACAGGUCGCCAAUGGAAUAACCCACAAAACGACCAACCAGCUUGGCAAAGGACGCAAUACCGACAAAGGAAAUGUCAAAGAUGUGGAAACUAUGGGCACGAGGCCCGAACAUGCAACAGGGAACCCGUACUGUACUGCUGUACCUGCAACAAACAAGGAGUACGCACAAUAGACUGCUGCAGAAAACAACCGGAAAACACACAGGGCGCAGGACCAACCCGCGAAUCUCCUGUGGCCCAAAACCAGCUGAGCGGGACAACACACAAUUAAUAUUUAACAAGAACCUACUUUUAGGACGGGCCAGGAUUGGAUCACAACUGAUGGAUGUAAUCAUCGAUACAGGGGCAACAAGAUGCAUGAUAAACGAAAGGGCGGCCGAAAAACUAAAAGAAGAAGGCAUCGAAGGAGUGGAAAACAGAUUAAUCCGUCUCGCGGAUGGGAGCACUCGGAGAACAACACGGAGAAUCCAACUAACAGUAGAACUAGGGGGAAAAGAGACCACCCAAUCAUUCCUAAUCAUGACAGGGGUACCAGACACCCCCAUACUAGGGAUGGAAUUUUUAAAGGAUGCAGGCACAUCAAUAACGUGCGGAGAAGCCACAGUAAACUUCAACGGGGAACCAAACCCAAAGAGAAAGGAGGAAAGCGCAAGAAAUUCAGUAACAGAGCCGACGGACGAAGAAAUCGAAAAAUGGAUUAAAACGGAGGUACAAAAAUCCAACACUCUUGAAGGGGUGAGCAAUGUUACGAAACAUCGGAUAUUUCUGAAGGAUGACAGACCAGUCAAACAGAGGUAUUACCCUAGAAACCCAGCGCAAAUGGAAAUCAUCAACAAAGAGAUCAGCGAACUCAUAAAGCAAGAUCUAAUAGAACCAUCACACAGCCCAUACAGCUCGCCGAUUGUUCUCAUAAAAAAGAAAACCGGAGAUUGGAGGUUAAACAAAAAAACAGAGAAGGAUGCAUACCCAUUACCACGGAUGGACUUUAUUCUAAAUCAGCUUAAAGAGGCUAAAUACAUUAGCACGCUCGACUUAAAGUCAGGGUAUUGGCAAAUCCCUAUGGAAAAACAGAGCCGACACUACACAGCCUUUACAGCUCCCGGGCGAGGAUUGUACCAAUGGAAGGUCAUGCCAUUCGGACUCACAACAGCACCUGCUACGUUCCAAAGAGCCCUAGACUCGGUUAUCGGACCGGACAUGGAACCAUUCGCUUUCGCAUACCUAGACGACAUAAUCGUAAUUGGGCGGACGAAAGUUGAACACAUGCAGAAACUACAAACGGUAUUCGAACGACUACGGACAGCAAACCUACGCAUCAACGCAGCAAAAUGUGACUUUUUCCAAAAGAAACUUAAAUACCUAGGACACAUGGUGAGCGAGGAAGGAAUACACACAGACCCAGAUAAAGUGGCGGCCAUUAAAGAACUCACCGCACCAACUACACUGAAACAGCUGCACAGUUUUUUGGGCCUGGCAUCUUGGUACCGCAGAUUCGUACCAGCGUACACCGAACGAGCAAAAGCUCUACAAGACCUAUUAAAAAAGGGGCAAAAAUUUGAGUGGGGCGAAGCACAAGAGAACAGCUUCCAAGACCUAAAGCUGUGUCUAACGGAAGCACCAAUAUUAGCAUGCCCGGACUUCAGAAAAACAUUCAUACUGCAAACAGACGCAAGCGACUGCGGCCUAGGAGCGGUGUUGACCCAGGAAGAUGCGGACGGAGAACAUGUAAUUUCCUACGCAAGCCGCAAGCUCAAAAGCGAGGAAACGAAAUACUCCGCAACGGAAAAAAAAUGCCUAGCCAUCUACUGGGGUAUACACAAGAUGAGGAUGUACCUGGAAGGCUACCGAUUUAUCGUAAUUACAGAUCACCGGUCCCUCAAAUGGUUAAAUUCCAUCGAAAGCCCAUCCGGACGAGUAGCAAGAUGGGCAUUGGGACUGCAACCAUUCUCAUUCGAAAUACGAUAUCGGAAAGGCAAGUUGAACGCAGUGGCGGACGGACUCUCCCGCUUACCACGCGAAGAAACCCGAAUAGCAGAAAUCGUAGAAUGCGCUUGGUAUCAAAACAAAUGGAACCAAGUAGAGAUGACACCAAAAGAAGCUACGGAUUAUACCAUAAAACACGGAAGAUUAUACCGACACAUACCAAGCCAAACCGACGAAGACAAUAAACCCUGGAAACUGUGCGUUCCAAAACAAGAGAGACAGAGGGUACUAACCGAAAAUCACACAAACCCAACAGCCGGACAUCUCGGGAUCAGACGCACGAAAAUCAGAAUAAGGCAACGAUACUUUUGGCCAGGGCCAAGCAGAGACGUAACACGAUUCGUACGAACAUGCGAAAGCUGCCAAAAAUUUAAGGUAUCGCAGCAAGCAGCGGCAGGCAAAAUGCUGACCAAAAUCGCAAACGCACCAUGGGAAACAAUAGGCGUCGAUUUCGUGGGACCACUCCCAAGAUCGCCGCACGGCAACACCGCACUAAUCGUGUUUAUCAUAAAUUUUCGAAAUGGGUGGAGGUCACACCGACAAGAAGCGCAACAGCUGACGCAUUCCUAAAGGCGUUCAGAGAAAAAAUACUGGCGAGGGGAGGUGCACCAAAGCGAGUGAUCUCAGACAACGGCGUACAAUUUACAAGCAGAAAGACGAAACAGACAGAUGGAAAAUAAAGAAGAUAAAUUCAACAUUUCGGCCCGGAAAUUCAAAGAAAGGAUGGCACAGGCCAGCCACAAAAACCGAGCGGCAAAACUACUAUCGGCCGCCCCCCCACUCAGCUCACGGAUGAAAGUAUCAGGAACAAAGGUGUCAGCACCAAGGAAAACAGCAACAAACAAAACGAUGGAAACCACGGCAGGACAGCGCGAGACUCGAGGAGAACAAGUAGCAACGCACAAUGAAGUAAUCCCAACAAAAAAGAGGAUCAGCUGGGCAAACUAGGCCAACCUACAGGAACAAACGGCACGAAGAAUCAGCGAACAACAAGGCCCGGAACUUUCCUGGGCAAAACAAGUGGAAGACGAAGAGUCCGACCGGGACGUGCUAGACCUAAACCCCGAGCGGCCAACACCAGAACCGGAAACCCAGAAACCCAUCCAGAGAGGCACCAUCCCGGGCGAAUGGGAGGUCCCGGAAAAAUUCGAACUAGCGACCACGGCGAUCGAACUAGUCAAAGCAAAACUCCACGACCGCCCAAAACACACUCAACGACGGUUCAAACUACGGAACGAGAAACAGGAGGCGUGUUGGGUGAAGAUCGGCCGAGCUGGAGAUGUCCGCAUCAGCGCAUGGUUCCAAACAAAGUCAAUUGGCGACGCUCCACUGGGAAAGGA